AUCGUGCAGCCCUGGCUCAACAUCGAUACUUGGUGCUGUGAUCUUAUCGAUAUUUGGCGCUGUGCUCUUAUCGAUGUGGCGCGCGGAUAACUGAGGUUUUAAAUUUCGACUAAAUUUAUAGUAAUUGUGUGCAAACAUUUUGUGUGUUCUCUCGCCAUCUUCAAAAUUCUGACGUUUUAUACUGGCUUUAAGAUUGCACCUGCGGUGGCAUACGCUGUUCAUAUCUUCCGAUCUAAACCGUUUUUGCCACAUACAGGUGUGGUCAAAGUAAUUUCACUCAAUUGUGGUAUUUCUUUCCAGGGAAUGAGACCAAUUUUAUUGACAAAAGUUUAUAUGCUGGCGUAUAGGUAACGAAUAGACCAAAACACAGCCUUGAAUUCAAUUGUAUAAUAUUUAAAAUGCGUGCUUAGUGCCAACGCCCGAGCUUUAAGGAUUUAAGAGAUCGCAGUGUUUGUACGAGCAGUCAUGUCGAGAUAUAUGCUCUGAAGAGUUCCUUCCGCUCGUACAUACUCCCCAACAAGUAUCCAAUUAGCUUGUUCCGGUAAAAGAGCGCUUACAACCACACUUAUCAGAGGUCCAGAGGUAUUGCAUUUUUGUCUGAGGCUGUGACAGCUUUGAAAGAAAAUAAAAUGUAAUUGAAAGGUUAAACACUUUUUUCCGAAAAGUCAUUCCCCUUGAGUCGCCUGAGUAAAUUCCCGCAUUUAGCUGUGCAUCGAGCGUGCAUGAGUCUUUGAGCCAAUUCAAGGUCCAGCUCUGAAGUUUGAGUUUCCUAUGUACAUCGUGCCAGGCAGAGUUGGCUGAUUGAAGUCAACAGCUAAUUGGAAAACCCUGCGACAACCGCUGCAACAGCGGGCCGUCGGAGUGAAGAAACCAAGUAUGACUUGUAAGCCUUUGGGCCACCUCCCCUCCGUGGAGCAGCAGCAAAUUGGUAACGGCGGUACAUGUACACAUCUGUCUUCGGAUGAAUGAGAGCUGUGUUGCGUUACGCUCGGGCCGCUGGCGACUACGGAUAGCUACAGAUGACCGAUAUCGCCGUAAGUUUGCGCAAACCGAGCUGCGCAGGUAUUUUCGGCGAUGAAGUUAAGCUUGCAAUUUGCUGUUUGCACCUGGCCAGUUUCACGUAACGCCUGGAGAUUUCUCGAAUGCAAAAUACCCAACCUUAUCAGCGUACCCAUUACCGCCGCCCUACUCCCACGUUGUAUCGAUGCCCCCGAUCUAGCAUUGACACAAUUUUCAGGGAGCCGCGUUCGGCCAAAGCCGUUUAAUGUAAGACAAUAAAAAUAAACAUUUUCCGCGCCAUUUGGUGCGCCUGCAAAGCGGUCGGGGUCGUGGAAAACCCCUCUGUAGGCAAACAGCGGGAGCAUUCUGUUUGCACAACUGCAGCCGAGAGCACGCUAUCGAAAAAAACCCGAGACCCCUGGAUCUGGACUUUGAAACUGUAGCCACCAUGUGCCGGCGACUAAGUGAUAUCCCCGGACUGAUCUGCCUGCUGGCGACGGUCGUUGUGCCCUGCCGGGCCCAGUUAUACGCUCUAAGCGCCCUGGGGCAGCCUCCGAGUCCCGCUGAGUUUCCGGGUGCAGUGCCACGACUGGUUAUCUACAACCCCUUUAGUGGCCAACGGCUGGAGCCGCUGCGGUACUCGGCCGUUUCGAGGGGCAGACGACAGCCCGUGAACGGUAACAUCGUAGAGCUACCCCAGCUCUGGCAGCCCUGCUCCUGCGUCGAGUUCUCCUGCCGGUGCUGCCUUGGUCUGGCCCUGGGACUCGGCGAGUCAGCCAACCAGCGGUUGUGCGCCGCCCUCGACUACAACCGGGCGGACCUAGGUCUGCGCCUCAGCGUCGAGAUAAACCAGCGCAAGGUGGCCACCUUUGGGUUCUCGGCUCGAAGUCCGCCCGAAUACUGCGUGCCGCUGCCGCUCUCCAGCUGCCUGAGACUCUACGACAUCCGUGCGUUCGGCGAGGGCAACAUGCAGGUAUGUCUGUCGGUGGUCUUUAAGGUUCUGGCCAGCCAGUUCUUCGAGUACCGCUUCAGCUGCCUGCGCUUUGGCGCUAGAGGAGUAUUCUUCGUUCGCGACGCACUGCAGGAUCAGGAAGCACUGGAGCUGCGGUCUAGGUCCGAUGCGGGCCAGUAUACGCCAGAGAAGCUGGCCGACAGAAGCAGCUUCAGUUUCUACGGCAGAUAGUUUUGGUCUUUCCCUCUCACCCUGCAAGUUACCAUGUUCCGCGGAUGACUCGAAAUGUUACAUGUGAAGAAAGUGAAAUUUACGUUAAUUAAAAAGCCUUUAACUCUAAGACCCCGCCCAGCAGCACAGACCCCAUGAAUAUGGCGAAAAUUGGCAGUAAACUGGGGGCCACUUGGGCUGGUACGGGCGAUGAUGCGACUGCCUCAGAUCUUAUCCCACUUACGAGUGUACCAACGGCUGUAAUCGUUCUUCAAACCACUUUUUUUUUAACGAUACCGCACACAGCAAUUACGCCUCUGUCCACUUCAGAUUCAAAUAUGUAGUGAGAGGCGCCGGCCCUUGAACCUAUUAGGCUGCAAAUGAUUAUGAACAAUAAUAAUAUAAUAUAUAAUGUUAUAUAUUAUAUUCCCUUUUAUCAUUUCCCCUAGAUAUGAGCUGUUGUUUGAUAUCAAAGGUUUAAAAAACAUUUGUGUGUAAAUAUUAGUGCACCAUAGAACCAUGGCCAUAAGCCGGUCUCAUAGGACUGUAAUCUUAAACAAACAAUUAAGAUGGUUAAAAAUAUGUUUAAUCUGUUUGGCUAUAAUCGUACGAGUAUAUAUGUAAGCCGGAAAGAGCUAAUUCAAACCAAUGUCGGAACUAUCGUAUGGCUACCUGUUAAAUAUAUUUAAAUGUAUACAUAAUUCUAACAUUUAGUAAUCUUACUUUAUUGUCAUUUGGAGAUAUUUUUAAAACAAAACAAAUACGUAUAUUUUAAAUAUUUGAGGCACUGUUGUUAUUCGAACCAAAAAAAUAUAAGAGUAUGUAACAAAAAGA